AAUGUUGUUUUCAACAUCCAUUGUUGUGACCAUCACUUUGAAUCUCCUCUUUGAUUCUGAGAAAUCAUGACGAUGUUUUUCUUCCGUUCGGUACGGAGAAUGGCUUUUUUUUAAACUACGUUACCCAUGAGCCUCUGCCGCCGUUGCAGUUGGAAAUAGAACAUUUAUCAGAGAAGUGGACUGUUUUGAAGCAACUGAUGCUUGCAUUGCGUUGUUCGGUACGUUGGUUUGUACAUUUGACUGUAUAAUCAAAUAUUCACAUAUAGACCUGCCCAACGGUCAUUCGCCGGACAUUUAAACUGAACAUUAAUUAACGCCUCUCUUUUUCCAAAACUCAGUUUACCGUCUCCAUGGUAACAUUACGGAGAGUUCAUUGAUAUCGCUGUCUGGGAGAGACAUUUGACCGGAAAAACAAGGUUUUUUAUUGAAAUAAGAAAAAUGAGUGGAUCUGUCACUCGCACAAUUCCUAAGAAAAAUUAUGCUCAUAAAGUUGUUCGGCAGCAACGGGUUUAUGACCACUUGUAUGAUCCAGUUUACACAGUGUCAUCGGAGGUAGACCAUGCCAGGUACAGCCUCAAGGCCUAUGCGUCUAAGGAGCGAGUAAGGAGAGUGCCUGAGUUUGGGUCUAUGUUCAGUAACUUGUUCCACCACCCGUGGUAUACUGUUCAACUGGACCCUGCAGACCCAGUACCGGCCUCUGUUGAUCGUCGCUGGCGAGGCCACACAGAACAGCGUAAACAGGCUCUGCAGCAGCUGGCUGGGAUUAUUCCAAAUGCGAAGUGCCAUGUGACCGGAGUUGAUCGCUGGAAAUACUUUAAACGCCCUCUGAUUCCCUUUGCACAGCAGGCGCCCCCGGAUGUGAUUUUUGCAUUGCCAAAAGUAGACUUUGUAUCCACUAGUGGAAAGAAUGCCGAGCAACAGCCCACUCACUUCACUGUGGGGGUCCAAACAGAUUACAGGGAAAGUGAAACACAGACUGACCCGUACAGCCCUGAGUAUGUGGUACAAUCGGGGAUAACUCCCUCCGAGCUCCUGCGACUGGCAGCUUUGUCCUGGGGUCGUGGUCUGCCUGCUGGCCUGGCAGAAGUGGAAAUGAUAGAGCGGGCACGUGCCAAACGAGCUUGGGAGGCGACCCUUCCUCCAUUGGAUGAUCUUAGUCAGCUGGACAAAAGGAGACGUAUGAUGGAGGAGAUGGAGGUCAAAGAGUGGGCUUUCAGAGAGGGAGAAAUCCAGAAGCUGCAGGAAACACGUCUCACUGUGCUGAAGGACCUCUUGUGGCAGAGAGAUGAGACACAGAAAGAAGUUACAAACGAGAGACUGAACAUGAUAUAUUCUCAGAACCAAAAAGACAAAGAGACCAAGCUGCACAAGAUUCACAAUGACUACAUAAGAUCACUGAGAAAACUGGAAGCUAAGGGGAGAAAUGUGGAGUGGAAGCUAGAGCGACUUGGCGUUGUCAAAGUCCUUAAAGAUUCUCAGACAUAUGCCCCUCAGAGCCGCAGGGAUACAUUCACCAACAGGAUCAUCCGCAACAAGGAGUUAAAAAACAACUACUUAGACACAUAUGAAGGUUUGGUAGAGCUAGAGGCAGGACUCUCUGCCUCAGUCCUCAAGCCAUGGGUGAAAAUACUUAAACCCAAAGUCCACAUCAUCAAGCAUGAGAUCAAGCCCCCUGCAAGCAAAGUGGUAGAACUGAUGAAGACAUACAAGGAGAAGCCUUCGCGUUCUCUUGCCAAGAGGGUGAAGCCUGUUCCUCGUCCUGUCACUCCCAGAGUGGAGGAGCCGCCUGAGGGGGAUGAGGAGAUAGAGCUUGCGGUCAUCCACUUGCAGAAACUACUGAGAGGAAGAAGUAUCCAAUAUGAGAUGUUUAAGGGCAAGGAGAACCAGCUAGAGCUCAUUCAUGAACUGAGGACCGUCCAUGCCCUGCAAAGGGAGGAGCAAGAGCUACAGAAAGCUGACAAAGGCCUCGUAAUGAGCCUUAAAAAACAGAGAGACAAACAUAGACACAAGAGCUCUCAAGAGGAGGCGUCUCAGGCCAGAGUGGUAGGUGCAGAGCUUGAACACAUGUUCGACACCUUGUCCAAGGAGCUGAUUAAUCUCCAGGAAGAGCGCAGGAUACACGCCUUUACACUACUGGCUGAGAGAGACCGUCGCCUGCGAGAGGCUGAGGAGAGUGGGAGGAGACAGGUGGAGGAGCGCAGACGCAGAGAAGAAGAUGAGAUCUUCAGACAAGUGGUGCAGGUACACCAGGAAACUGUGGAUUUGUAUCUGGAGGACAUCAUCCUCAGCACCUUGGAGCAGACAGCUGACCAGCAGGCCAGAGAGGAGAUCCGAAGGAGGGCAAAGGAGGUCAAUGACAUCACUUAUGCCAUGGAGGAAAGCCGGAACAAUCUUCAGUCGGAGGAGAUUGUGUCAGAGUUGGUGUACAGUUUCCUUAUCCCAGAGGUUGAGAAGAUCACUGUCAGACAAAGAGUGCACCAGAGGCAGCACAGACACUUGCAGGCAGCUCGGAGCGUCAUUCAGAGUACCGCAGAGCAUUCUGGGAUCCUUCCUAGUACUCUGGAGGCCUCACUGUUGACCGGUCCCUCUAAAAAGAGCCUCUAACCGAGUCCUCGAGGAGAUGAUCAGCCAAGCGGUGCAGGAGAAGGCUGAAGGAAACAGAGCAGCACCACAUGCAAACUGAGUAAAAAGAGAAGUAUACGGAGUGUACUGAUAUGCAGUCUGAUGUCUACAUUUGUUUUUCAUUCAUCUUAUUAAAGUUUCAUAAUCAUCA